CCGAGAGGGCUAGAGGCUAGACCUGAGGACGCGUUGAAAAAAUAAAUCCCUGUCCUUCCCCGGGGGCGGAGCUGGGCGGGCGGGUGAGGCUGUGAGGCCCGGCCUGCGAGCCUUCGGACAUGGAUGACAGCAAGGUAGUUGGAGGCAAAGUAAAGAAACCAGGUAAACGUGGUCGGAAGCCAGCCAAAAUUGACUUGAAGGCAAAGCUUGAGAGAAGCCGGCAGAGUGCAAGAGAAUGUAGGGCCAGAAAGAAGCUGAGAUAUCAGUAUCUGGAAGAAUUGGUAUCUAGUCGGGAGAGAGCCAUCUGUGGUCUCAGAGAAGAACUGGAAGUGUACAAGCAAUGGUGCAUGGCAAUGGAUCAAGGAAAAAUCCCCUCUGAAAUAAAAGCUCUACUAACUGGAGAGGAGCAGAGCAAAUCUCAGCAGAACUCGAGUAGACAUACCAAGGCUGUAAAAACAGAAGCUAAUAACAAUUCCUGGUGAAGAUCAUUUCCAUUUAAACUCAUGAAUCAAUUGCUGAAUGGAGUAUUCAGAAUCACAUGAAGAAUGGACAAGAUUGGGCUUUGGAAUUUAAUUUGCUACCUACAAUUCAGUGGUCAUUUAUGUUAACCUGCAGUUGUUGACCAAAAUCUGUGAUCAUACAUGCUGAAGG